AUGCGCGAAUGCAGCGUUAGGGCGCGAAAAUCUGAAAAUGGAAUGUAUAUAAGAAGGAAGAACGGUAGCAAGAACAUCACAGCAUCCACAGCUCCUGAGGAAGUCCCGAAAAACGCGGGGCGAAACGCGUUGAGCCGAUAUCAUCAGACCAGCGAACCAGCAGUCCAGAGACCGUAUUUAAGACCUUUCUUUUUCUUUGUCUAUGCAUGUUGCUGA